GUUCUUAAAUCAAAAAAUAAAUUUCUCGUCACUAAACAUGUGAUUUUUUAAAUAAAACCAAUGACUGUUCACUGAUUAGUUCCAAAUUAAGAAUCUAAACGCACAAAUAGUGCAUGUAUUCUUCAAAAUAUUUAUAUUUAUUUUUAUUGCUGUAAGCGGUAGGCGUAAUUGACAACAACCUCCCAGCAUCAAGAUGUCACAGUGUAGCACAUUAUUUUUCAAUGGAGCGCAGACAAAAACUCCUUACUGGACCAAUUAUCCACCAAAUGUUCCUAAAUAUCCCAGUUCACAGGAAAUGUUCAGAUUUGAAAGACCAGAAAAACACACUGCUAAAGUUGGAAGAGCUUCAUAUCAGCACUGGACAGAUAAAUGGUACGAUUCCGGUUACCCAACACUGAGACGAGAAGAACUUCCAAAAGUUGCCGACAGACAUGAGCCAUGUUCUCAGCCAUGGCAGUAUAAUAUCGGAACAUCCGCCAUUAGAAAAUGGGACAAACAAAACAAAGACUGGCCAAUACAUCCAAAAUAUUCGAAUCAAGGAUUGCCACCGACGGAGACCCAGAGAGCCAGAGGAAUGAACCGACUGUCGAUUCCAAAGAAUGAUAAUCUUUACCCAUUCUCUAACUACAUGACCUCAACAUAUCGUCGGCCUGUGUAUUCGAUAAUGGGCCCAAUGCAAAGGGAACCAACAUACGGUGUUACACACCAGCACAACCGCCACGGCAAUAUGCCAUUUGAAGAUUAUUACUAAUCCGUUUAUUGAAAGAUUAUUAAAUUGUUAGAAGGUCAUGAUAUGACCUUGUGACGGAGGCACUUUUCAUUCAUUGUUUUAAGUAAAUGAACUAACCAGAAGACUGCCACAAUGGAAUUAAGUUCUGCCACAUAUUUAAUGCUGGGCAUAUAUUUUUAGAAAAUUAAAAUUAUUGUUAUUGUGUUGCUUAUUAAAUACUGUGGUUUAUGUCAAUUUUUUUUCAGUGAAUCACAAGUAAAUUAUAAUUAUUGUUUGUCUUUUUCAUAUUGUUUUGACAAAGCUCAGUAACAUUUAUAUAUAUAUUUAUAUUUAUUAGUAUAAAGAACUAAAAAAGAACAGUUCUUAUACAGUGCAACCUCUGUAGAGCAACACUCUUUGGGAGAUACAAAUAUUGACUGUUAUAUAGAGGUUGUUGUUCUGGAGAGGUAAAUUUGAUAGUAUAUUCCAGCUUAGGGAAAUUUUGAUGAUGUUGUUAUAGAGAGGCUUUACUGUAUACAUUUUUUUUUCAUACCAGUGCGCUCAAAUGUUUUUCAUGUUAUUGUCAUUUAAAGAUUUUAUUUUACAGCUAAAAGUUUUGUUUUGUUUGAAUUUUGUGUAACUGUGAUAACUUUUGAUGUGUUAAAUGAUAUAUUGUGUUGUUUUUAUUAUAAAAAUAUAUCUUUAAAAUAAAUAACAAUGCUAAAUAAUCUGAUUUCACAAUCAACGUCUUUUUAAGAGUUUUGCACUUUUUCAGAUAUAAUUCAACAAAAUGCUCAACAAAAAUGAUUGCAUACAUGCUAUUUAUUCAUGAAUUUAAUAUUUUUAUUUUUUAUAAAGCUUUUUAGAGAUUUAAAAUAUUGUAGGUAUUUUGUGCUGUUUAAUUUUUUUUCUUUUUGAAAUUUAUAUUUAGGGGGGUACAUAAAUUUAGUAAUUCAUGUUUUUUUCCUUUUUAAACCAAUUAAAAGAUCAGUAAUAUCUUUACCAUUUUUUUGUUGUUGAAAAACAGUCUACUCUGCAUAUAAAAUAGUAUAAAGAUUAAAAUAAUUAUGGGUCAGCUUGGUGCAUUAUGUUGUUUUUUUUUUUUUCUAAGAAAUUUCCUUGGCACACUUUUGUAUCUGUUUAUUAUUGUGAUGUUAAGAAAAAUCCAAUUCCCUCAAGUGCAAUGACUCAUCUAAGAUGUGGCUGUGCUGUAUUUAGAAACCUAAAAAUUGUAUAAAAAAUAAAUGGUAUCAUGAAAUGA